CCGGCGGUUGCUGACGCGACCGACACGAAACGGCCUAUCAGCAGCAGCAACAACAACCAAACACACAUCUCGUCAACCACAUCAACACACCACCAACAACAGCUGCACGAGCCAUGCACACGAACAACAAACAAACCAAACAACCACACACACACGCAUGCGUGAGCAAUGUGAUGAUGUGAGACCGUCAUGAUGCACACACGCACCCCCCUUGCUGUUGGAAUCGACUGAGUGUGUGUGUUUGUCGCAAGGCUUUUCCCCUUUGUGUGUGGCUAUAAUUAUUGCUUGCUUGUGCAUCGGGUUGUUUACGUUGCUUGCUUCCGCGUGUUGUUCGCUCCUCUCUCACACACACACUCUCUCACACACUUCGCAUGCACAACACACCACACACACGCACGCACGCACGCACACACAUCUCAUCACACGCACAAAGCUCUCACACAUCCAACACGACCUACCAUCAUUCACGCAUCAAAACACCAACCAAACCCGACACACACUUAGCCUUUUCACAUGCACGCACCUUCUGUCACACUUGCAGCACAAAAGGAGCACGAUCAGCAUUGAGCACCCGCGCCACACACACACACACCCCACACACCCCCCACGCCAAGCCGUUCCCGCAUCCCCUCCCCCACAUUGUAAUGCACAACCGGCACACCCUGUUGUCCAUUUUCCAGAGCCACCCCGUCUACCACCUGAUCAAGUUUUUGUUUCUCCCGUACCCUGAUCCACCACAGCAGCAGCGACGAGAACAGCGCCAAGAAGAAACAGGUCAACCAGCCGCCAAAGGACAACAAGAAGCAAGAACCUCCCUUUCGCCCCAUCAGCAGCAGCAGCAGCAGCAGCAAGCCAAUCACUGCCAUCACCGCCAUCACCAUCACUCGCAGCAGCACGCUCACACCGCUGAAGCAACAACGCCGUCACAGGAACAACAAGAGCACUAUCGCCGAGCAGCAGCAGCACACGCGCCAGCAGCAGAUCCAUCGUUGCACUUAUCAUCUGUUCGCCCGACCCAUCGUCGAUCGCCUUUGACUUCAACAGCAACAACCACCACCACCACCUCGUGCACCACGUCCAACACCACGCCCACCACCACCACCAGCGCCACAACUGCGACAACAACAACCAUGGCCAUGACUCGCGCCCAGCAGCCCAAGACGGUGAGCGACCUCGUGCACGCCGCGUUUGCCAAGAACAUGGACAUUAACGGCCAGGCCGAGCCCAAGCUGCUUCAGAUUGUGCACCAGCAGCGGCUCUGGCGCUCCUUGCAAGUCACCUUUGGCGAGGCCGACGACGUGGAGGCCCUUGCGCAGCAAACGGUGCUGCCCAGGUCCUGGUACACACAGUCGGGCGGUGCCUGCCGCGACCCGGCCAUGGCCGUUCCCAAGGCCAUCGACCACCGCGCCACCGCCACCGCCACCGCCACCGCCACCGAGAGCCGCCGUGGCAGCAGCCUGGCGUCCAAGGCAGCAAGCGCAGCGACAGCUGCAAGCGCGCCAAAGGUCCAGCGCACGCUCCGCGCCAACUGAUGACGUGAACUGCCUAAGGAACCGCUGUGGCCAGCCGCCAUCGCGCCGCUCCGCCGCUGCAGUCUGCUCUUUUCACUUAGGUCGCCUGCCCCGCACACACACACACACACCAACCGCACGCCUGUGCUUGCGCACUUUUUCUAUUUUCCUCCUUCUUACUUAAUCUUCCUGUUAUUCCAUCUCCGAUGAUGGUGAUGACAUGUCAUGCUUGGUUAUGCCAUGGUGAUGAUGUGCGUGUUGUGCACAACCUUUUGCCCGACACGCAUGUCGUUUCACGCUGCUGUUUGUCGUUAUCUUCUUCUAUUGAAUGGCUUGCUUGUUUCGUUUCGUUGCUUUGCUUGACGGUGGAUUGCUGAGCAAGACACUUGUUGUUGUGUUUGUGUUCUCCAUAAAUGAUCCCAACACAC